AUGAGCAAUCUUGAAUGGUUAGAUCUGUCUUCAAACAAACUUGCUGGUGAUAUUCCGAAGCAACUGGCAAAUUUGACGUCACUAUCAAAGUUCAAUAUUUCCAAAAAUCAACUUGUGGGGCCCAUACCUCAUGGCAAGCAAUUUGAUACAUUUGAAAAUGAUUCAUAUAGUGGAAAUACAGGAUUGUGUGGAUUGCCACUUUCUAAAACAUGCAGUGCACAUCAGUCACCACCAUCGUCAAUCCAACAAGAGGAUGAUUUGGAGCAUGGGAAUGGUUUUGAUUGGAAGGUAGUGUUGAUGGGGUAUGCAUCUGGUGUGGUAAUUGGAAUAUCUAUGGGAUAUCUUGUACUCUCUAAUGGAACACUAGAUUGGCUUGUUAAAGUGGUAGGAAGAAAGCAUGUCGUAGAAUUAUGA